ACCCCACCCCCCUUAUUCUCUCUAACGCAGCGAAAGAGAAAAAAAGAAAAAAUAGUCUCACAUUUUUCCUCUAUUUUGCCCCUCUUUUUCUUCGAAUUCAACCCACCCCUAACACCAUGAACCAUACUCUAUAGGCAAGAAAUCGACGGAUAAGGGGCAUCGUGAUGUUAACAGAAGACUAUGAAGAAGACAGAUGACAGUCGAACUCAUUGAGUUUCUGGAUUAGGUACUUCUUGUUCUUGGCAUAUUUGAGCGAGGAAUUUCGAAAGGACUUUGCUCUGUAUUUUACAUUAGAUCGGGAAGUGUUGACGUUUCAUUGCCAUCUAUGAUGGAUGCAUUUGAGCUGAAUGGAGAUUACAUGAAUGGUGUGUCUGCGGAUCAGUUGCUUUCGUCGGAGUCUUGUGAUAGGAGUGGCGUGCUUGGAGAGCCAGAGAUACCUCCUCGAACUGGGAACCAGUAUCAGGUUGAAAUUCCACCUCUGCAGGGAGACUGCAUUUCAUAUGCAAAAAAUCAGGAGAAUGGAGCUGAUAUUUCCUGGUAUUUUAUGGUGGGAUUGCCAAUACCGCUAAUGUGGGUCAACCAGGGAGUUCUAUCAAGAAAUGCAUCUAAUGAAGAUAGUGCACCCUCAGAACCUGAAAGUACCAGAUUAACCAACAUGCAUUCAGAAGAUGACAAUAUCACAGUAAAAAAUGAGCCAUCAGACACGGUUUUGCACAAUAAGGUGACAUCAGCAAAUCUAUCUUCCGAAAAGAAACUACAGGAAAAUAGGGGCCUGCGGUAUUGUUUAGUACCCGGCAUAGUCCUAGAUUUUUGGACUGAUAUUGAAAAGGCAAGUUUCCUUCUAGGUCUGUACAUCUUUGAGAAGAACUUUGUACAUGUUAAGAGGUUUGUUGAAACUAAAACAAGUGGUGACAUCUUGUCAUUUUAUUAUGGGGAGUUUUAUGGAUCCCAUGAGUACCGUAGAUGGUCAGAAUGUCGAAAAGUGAGAAGCAAAAGGAGUGUGUAUGGUCAAAAGUUGUUCGUCGGAUCGAGGCAACAGGAGCUGUUAUCUCGUCUACUUCCCCGCGUUUCAGAGGAAAACCGAAAGGCUUUAACAGAGGUCUCCAAGGCAUUUGGUGAAGGAAAGAUAUUGUUGGAAGAGUAUGUGUUCUCGUUAAAGGCUAUGGUUGGGGUAAACAUGCUCAUAGAAGCAGUUGGAAUCGGCAAAGAUAAAUACGAUCUUACAUGUGUGGCCUUGGAACCUUCAAAGUCCAAUCAUGCUAUACGCUCGGAACUCCCAGCUGGCAAAGCAUGCUCCUCUCUUACAACCAACGAAGUAGUUAAGUUUCUAACUGGAGAUUACCGACUUAGUAAAGCUCGAUCCAAUGAUCUAUUCUGGGAAGCUGUUUGGCCCCGUCUAUUAGCAAGAGGUUGGCACUCAGAGCAGCCUAAAAACUUGAACUACGCUGCUAAUCCCAAGAAUGCGUUGGUUUUUCUCAUGCCUGGUGUUAAGAAGUUUUCCAGGAGAUUAAUCAAAGGGAUCCAUUAUUUUGAUUCAGUUACAGAUGUAUUGGGUAAAGUUGCUUCUGAUCCAAAGCUUCUAGAGCUUGGCGUCGAAGAUGAAUGUACCAAAGGUAAAGAAGGUGGUGAUUGGACAGAUGAAACAAAGUUAGAACAAGAUGAUCUUCCAACUAGACAACGUCCUUGUUAUCUUCAACCUAGAACUCCUAAUCGAUGUACAGAUGUUAUGAAGUUUACAGUUGUAGAUACAAGUCUCUCUGAUGGUAAACCCUAUAAAGUGAGAGAGUUGAGAAGUCUUCCGGUGGAAAUCUCAAGCAAAUUGUCUUUGGGAAGCCACGCCGAAGGGAGUGAAGAGGAAUUGUCUACUGAUGAAUCAGACUCCGUUGGUACUAAUAAAGCUAAGACGGAUCAUCAUAAUUCCUCGAGGAUUUUCUCCAAUGGAGAAACGCAUUCUGAUGAGAAGGGUUUCGAAAUCAGUGCUUCAAGCAAGAAGUUUCAGGAAGUUCCACAUCCUGCUGCUUCUACUGUACCGGUGAAUGCUUGGAAGAACACCAAAAACAUCUGUGAAGACAAGCAGCCAAGAAAAGCGAUAAAAGCCCACUCGAACAAGAGAUUAAAAGAAAACAAUGUGCACUUUGUAGCUCCCAUUGCCCAGAAGCGUAGGAGACUAACGGCUUGUAGUCGUGGAGAGACAAAUAGUAGUGUCAUGGUAAAUUCUUUGAUGGUUCCAGGAAGGGAACAAGAAGUGCGUCACACCUCAAGCAGCAAUGACCUAUCGCUGAACAACAUUCAGAUAGCUUCGUCUGAGGAUAAGGUGUCAUCAAGCAGUUCGUCAAAGAGCAGUCCUUCUCAAAGUGCCGAAUGUGCUUCUGCUGAUCAUCAUGUGUUAAAGCUUCCUGAAGAGGAACCUCAAACUAGGGCAAUGAUUGACCUUAAUGAACCUCAAGUUCCCCCUGAUUCGGAAUAUGAGUUUCUGAUGCCAGCAUUGACGGAAGACCAAAGUGGUAACACGAAGAGGCCUGAUGAUGUUUCUGGUGAGUUGAAGACAUCGACACAGAGUGCUAGUAUGGAGCAGCAGCAACCUAGCUUGAACUCACGUAGGCAUGGCACCAGAAAUCGGCCUCCAACCACGAGAGCACUUGAAGCUUUGGCAAAUGGUUUCUUGACUGUGCAUAGUAGGCGGCAAAAGAAUAAAGAAGGUGGUUCCAGAGGGAAGUUGACAUCUUCCAGGAGCUCGCAACAAACCCCUGGUGGCAUGAAGACUGACUUUAGCAAUAGCACAGUGGUUUCCCAAAUGGAAGAAGGUGAAGCUGCUGUAUCUAAGGCGGGUGAGAGCAACAUGUUUGGCAAAAUCCAGCAUCCACUUGAGGAGAGUGGGACAACAAUCUCAGGUCCAUAAAUUGGCAAGAUGACUAAACAAGUGCUUCAAUGUGUCACUCAUUCUGUGCUCUAGCUGCACGUGCCAUUGAUGUCUGUUAACUAUCCCUGAAACGAGGGAUCUUCGCUGUCAGCUGUGACACCAGAUGGCUGUAAAGGGGCGUUGCUCGAUCACAAAUUUCACCAGUAAAAAAUGUAUAUGCAGCAGGGGGGUUGUGAUAUUCAGCAAUAGCAAAAGGGGGAGAGAAAUACUGUUCUUCAGGUUCAAAAGAAGAGGUUUGAUUGAUUUGAUUGCAGUUGCAGCAUCACAGAAACGAGCAAGACUACUCAGCAAUUUCAUGCACAUUUGUUGGAACUAGGACACAAGUGAUUAGUGUUGUCCCUUUAAUUGAGAUUGUAGAUAUCUUAGUGAUUACUACUAAUAUUUAGUCCAUAGGCCAUUAGAACUUCAUUUACCUCCUCUAUAUUUUCAGUUGGUUUUUUUUUUUUCCUAAUCUUUUUAAUGAACUUUUCUCAAGACGAGCAGCACAUUCGUUUUGGUUAUA